UACUACGGUUAGCAGAGACAGUUUGAGAUACCGAUCAGCAGAUUACUGCAGUUGUAGGUACCAUGACGACGAGGACUCGUGCCUCUUAAGGAGAAUGCGGCUCUCUGAUUGGCUAAAAGCUUAGGGGCACAAAGUCCUUUGUUCAGGUAUCACAGAGCCGCUCACAAACCUUCACUUCACUUGCAAAUGCAGCAGAAGAUGGAUAACUGACUAAUGCACGGAGAUUCAAACAGAGUGAAACACAACAAUCUGUGCCACCAACACUGGAUAAGUAGGUCACUAAGAUGCCCAAAAGUGAUACCUGGCCAGGUGGCAUUGGAUUGGAGACGAUGACUGGCAUGGACAGUGCUGGCAGCUGUGACAGCGUUGUCAGCGCCAAUUCUGGCUUUAGUGAUGAUAGUCUGGAGCACCUGUCUGCUGAAGAGAAGGCCUGUCUCAUGUUUUUGGAGGAGACUAUUGAGUCUUUGGAUACUGAGGAGGAUAGUGGACUGUCCAAUGAUGAACCUGACCAACUGCCCUGCCCUGGCAACCUUGCUACCAAACUGGCUGACCUGUCAGCCUCCAUGAGCAAAAGCAAGCUCAACGGUUCACAGAAACAUGCCUCUGAGCAACCCACGAAGGAAAAUGUUGACGCCAAACCCAUGCAGAGCUUCCUGGUUCCUACACCUCUUGUUGUGGCAAGCAGCUCUCCAUGUUCUGUACCCAGUGCUAAGUCAGGCGCCCCUCCAGACAAAAAUCUCUGCUCUAAGCCUCACUUCACUCCUUCAAGCAAAGAACCUGGUCACAAACACAACCAGAAACCUGUUGCUCCCCAAGUACCUUUAGAGGUUAAUGUUGUGAUAUCCCCUCCAACCAAACCCAGGGACUACUCAGUUAGGACAGCUGAAGGUCCUUUACCUAGAGGUCCUCUUUCCUAUGAGGCACUUGUUCACCUGCGGAGGAGUGCCUCCACAAAGAAGACGCCUUUAUGUCCCACAGUUGAUCAUACUAUAGACUUGGACAAGCACCUUCCUGUUACAGUGGAAGGCCCAGACCUCAGACAUCUGCCAAGAUCGGACAGAUCCCACACAGAGGCUUCUAUGUCUAGGACAGGUCCUCCAGUUCUGCCCCCCAAACCCAAAAAGAUUCCUUCCAACAUAUCUGUGAAAACACAAAAUGAAGCAUCCAUAACCUCAGACUUUUCAUACAGUAUCAAGCAUGCAACAGAUCCCCAGGUCGUGAGACUGGAAGCUUUGCAGAAGUUGGGCCUCCUGAAAGACCAACAGCCAGAACAUGAGACAGUAGCCCCACUGUCUCCACCUAAAUCUCACACCACUUUGGAUCCAACACCUAACAGAUUUACAAAGGGUGCGUUUAAUGUUAAUCCAUCAAGAAGUCCAUCUUUUUGUUAUUCUCAAGUGCCCACAGAGCCCAAGAACAGGCAUCUGCAGAGCAGUGCCAGUUUCCAUCACCUCUCCAGACAUGACCAACAGCCUGGUCGGGAGCGCUCUGCUACUCUGAACAACUACAGAAACGGUGGAAACUGUCCUGAACCACGACACAUCACGGCAGCAAAGCCAGCUCAGCCUGUACCCCACAAACCCUCAAACUCAGUGGGAUAUACUGUGAUGGUGGUGCCUGGGAUGGGAGCUGAUCGAAAAGAAGCACUCAGAAAGCUUGGACUACUCAAAGACUAAAACGGAUAAACAGCAGAAGUCUGCCUGCGUAAAUGCAGUGCUCAGAAAGAGUUCAAUCAGUACCAUCAGCUUAAAGAGUUAGAGCAUUAAGCGGGAACUUGGCACUUGGCAAACUAAAGCAGAAAAGGAUGAAGAAGAGGAAGGAGAAAAAAGAAGGGCAAUAUCAGCACUUUUAAUGUAGGUCGUGGUUACUUACUUACUUGAGGGCAGUUUUUCCCCAACUAAAGUUCUUCUUUAGGUUUCGAAAGUAUCUGAAAAUGCACCAUACACAUUUCAAACCCCUGAGGCUCCACAUAUUUGAUGAAAAUGGUAUGUUAAUGUAAUGCCAUCUAAUCAGAAUAUCUUAGUGUUUGCUGUAACAAAUUUCACUUAGAUAUGACUUGACAAGACACAACGGAUCACCAAAUCAGUCUAAGAGUGCAUAUGGAAGGAAAAGUCAGCAGUUUAAACAUCGAUAUAGUCUUGAAGUAAUAGCCUUCACCCUCACUUCUCCAAAUCAGAUGCAGCAUUGGGUUCUUGAACAUUUAAAAUCAGUUUUUGCAUACACUAGUAUGCAAAUGCAAGUUUAUGGUUAUAACAAAAUAACUUGUUCUAACUAAUAAGCCUUGGUGUGCACAAAAAUCCCAUUUCAGAAUGGUGGUGACAUACUGAAGCAAGCCAUAUUGUGGCUUUCUAUUAAUCUUGUUCCUUCCUCAUUAUACUAUACAUAACAUGUAUGCUCCACUGUACUUAAAGGAAACAUCAACCCAAAUCCAACCCAAAUUGUUUCAUAAUUCACAGAUGUGCCUGUAAGUGUAUUGUACAUUCCUUGGCGUAAAGCCUCAAAGAAGCACAUCAGUUUAUGCAGCUCAUAAUUAUUGUAAAACUAAAUUUUGAAAGUGUUUUGGAGUGAUUUUUCAGUGUUUUCUAAUCUUUAGUAGCUACCAGCAGUACAUUAUUUUUGAGAUCUGAUAGCUCACUGAUUUGUUUCUGCUACUAUUUUAUACAGUAUAUAUGGUUGGUUGGUUGGAUGGUUUUAGAAAUGUGUGACAAACUGUCCAUGUAACUGCCUUGUCUAAAUACUGGAGAUGUUCAUACAGAAUGAAAAAUAGUUGUUUGUAAUAUUGUGAUUAUUUUUACCUACGCUUUACCAUUUCCAUAAAUACCAGUGAAAAUAAAGAAGUCUGCAUCUCA